AUGGCCUCCCGUCAUUCGCGUAAAUUCCUGCGACCGCUGCUCUAUACGUCACUCGCCACGGCUGCGGGUGCUGGAGUGCUCUACAUUUCUUACCGCCCUCGCAAUAUCCCUGGUUCCGAGGCCCCUGCUGUCCCGCCCCCGGGUUAUCACGAAGGCCGCCUGGUGCCGCCUAGUUUUCCCCGCAUCAAAUCUAGAUUAGAGCAGAUUGAGGAUCUCAAGCGUUCCGCAAAGGGAGAUACAUCAGAGGAAUAUGACCUGCUCGUUAUUGGCGGUGGCGCCACUGGCUCAGGAAUUGCUCUUGAUGCUGCGACUCGAGGAUUGAAGGUCGCCAUCGUCGAACGCGAUGAUUUCAGCUCUGGAACCAGCAGCAAGAGUACAAAACUUGUACAUGGUGGUGUGCGAUACCUGGAAAAGGCAGUAUGGGAAUUGGAUUAUAACCAGUACGCGCUCGUGAGGGAAGCCUUGCGGGAACGGAAGUACUUCCUGAACACUGCCCCUCAUCUUUCCAGCUGGCUUCCGAUCAUGGUUCCGGUGCAGAAGUGGUGGCAAGCACCCUAUUUCUGGGCAGGCACUAAAUUUUACGACUUUCUGGCUGGCUCAGAAGGUAUUGAGAGCUCCUACUUCCUGACCAAGAGUAAAGCCAUCGAUGCUUUUCCGAUGCUUAGAAAGGAUAACCUGAUUGGCGCUAUGGUCUACUACGAUGGUGCUCACAAUGACUCGAGAAUGAACGUUUCCCUUGCAAUGACAGCUGCAUUGUACGGCGCCACUGUCGUCAAUCACAUGCAGGUUACCGGCUUGACCAAGGACUCAUCUGGCAAGUUGACCGGGGCCCGCCUCAAGGACGUAAUCCAGGGCAGAAAUGGCCAGGAGGUGGAGGAGUUCACCAUCAAAGCGAAGGGUAUCAUCAAUGCGACCGGGCCUUUUACUGACUCAAUCAGAAAGAUGGACGAGCCCGAUGUCAAGGAAAUUGUGGCGCCGAGCUCGGGUGUCCAUGUCAUUCUACCUGGUUACUAUAGUCCGUCAGACAUGGGGCUAAUUGAUCCGUCGACAUCCGACGGCCGAGUUAUCUUCUUCCUGCCUUGGCAGGGAAACACAAUUGCUGGCACCACAGAUCAACCCACUGAAAUCACUACCCAGCCAGAGCCCUCCGAGAAAGACAUCAACUGGAUCCUCACGGAAGUUCGUCGGUACUUGGCCCCUGACAUCAACGUUGAACGAAGUGAUGUGCUUGCCGCCUGGUCCGGCAUUCGUCCUUUAGUACGCGAUCCUAAGGUCAAGAGUUCCGAGGCUUUGGUUCGUAACCAUCUCAUCUCAGUCUCCCCAUCUGGGUUGUUGACUUGUGCCGGUGGCAAAUGGACCACCUAUCGGCAAAUGGCCGAAGAGGCAGUUGAUGAGGCCGUCAACGUCUUUGGCCUAAAGCCCCGAGAAGUAUCCAACGCUCCCGAUAUUAGCGGUGUUGGAGGAAGCGGGCUAGUCGCUGACGGCGCUGUUCUUGAUGGCUCUUGCCAGACCCAUCAGGUCCGUUUGAUUGGUGCCCAUGGCUACUCAAAGACCCUUUUCAUUAACCUCAUCCAACAUUAUGGGCUCGAAACGGAUGUGGCGCAGCAUUUAACACAAUCAUACGGUGAUCGAGCUUGGCAGGUUGCGGCUUUGUCUUCGCCGACUAAUGCUCGUUUCCCCGUUCGAGGCCAGCGCAUCUCGACCCUCUAUCCUUUUAUCGAUGGCGAGGUUCGUUAUGCUGUUCGCCACGAGUACGCGCAAACUGCUGUUGAUGUUCUCGCACGCCGAACCCGCCUAGCAUUCCUCAAUGCCGAAGCAGCGCUUGAAGCCCUGCCUAGUGUCAUUGAUCUGAUGGGAGAAGAGUUGAACUGGGACAGUGGCCGGAAGGACGUCGAGUGGAAGGAGAGUGUCCGCUUCUUGUCCUCGAUGGGACUCCCCAAGACCUUCCUCAGUUUGAGUAGAGCGGACGUUGAAGCUGGCAAGGUCAAACAGGUUGAUAUUGCGCAACGAGCGGCGUUUGCUAGGACAGAUCCACCAGCGGAUGUGCUUGCCAAGGACACCCGUUCAUCUGACUCCAACAAACUGAUCCAACCUGAUUCCCCGGCCAACAAAUAG